UCGAAAUUUUAUCAUUUUAGAGCCAUUGGUUGAUCUUCGCUUUCAUAUAAGAACGUCAAUGCAGUCGAAUCUCGCUUUUUCUGAAGAAACUAAGAUUGUUUUAUCUUCGAUCAACACACCAUCAAUAUCAGUUACUGGAGACGAUCUAUCAGUAGAUAAUCACGAUGAUGCAUUUGAGCUUCUUUUACCUGUUGUCUUAAAUAAAGAAACUUUGGAUACUCUAGAAGCUAAUAUGGGAUUAGGUGGUGGAGGUAACUGGUGGAUAGACCCAUCACGUAAUCCGAUUGAAGUAGACUCAAACGGAAACAUAGAUGAAGGUGCUAUUUUAGAUGUUGAAGCUAACUGCAAAAUAUGGUAUCGCACACCAUUUGAUCGAGAUCCAGAAUUCUGUAAUAAUUCUUAUCAUCUAUUAAACCGAUUAAACGAGUUGGCGAAAAUCAAAGGGUUAAUUGAAGAAGUCUCAUUGAAGAAACACUCGCUUACCGAUACAGGAUUCAAUGAUAGUGAUUGUCAAAUAUACCAUUCAACACUGUCUGUGAAUGGUUCUAUGGAUUUUCAAAAUUUUAUGCUGCAUCCGAGUCGUGAUCUACAGAAUAUUGAUCCACAGUUAGAUCUCCGCCGCAGUUUAAAUAGCUCAGUUGGAGAAUACUCUAAUUUGUAUGGUACAUAUGCUUUGCGUAAACAAAAUAACAACCAAAAGUUGCCUUUACGUGAAGUCUUCGAUGCUAGAACUCACGAAGUUGACAAUACUAAGUAUUCUGAAAAACACAAACCACAAUUCUCCCAAGCUGUGUAUUCAGGACUACCUCAAUUACACAAGUCCCAACAACCUCCCCAUGCAACUCCAAAUAACAAUAUUUCACCUAAUAUUGGUAACCGCAGGAUUUCCUCAAAGCCUAACGACUUUUUACUCGUUCCAGGAGCUGCUAGUAGCCCAGAUCAAAAGGCUAGCGGUCAGAAAAACUCAAUUCUUUCACGGACAUAUUCAAAGGAGCAAAUGGACUUACUGAAAGAGACGAAUGACUGCCCUCUCAACGAGUCAGUACUUAAGGCACCUUCCUUACUUUCUAGAUCUCAUGCAUUGGCCGCUUCUUUGCCAAUGUCAGAUAAUGAUUGUGAUAUAGAUGUCACUAAAAGUUUAGAUAUCUUAUCAGGAGUUAACCAGUUAUCUCAAUCCCUUUCUGCAACUGAAUUAGUUAUAAAAGGUCGCAAACUAUCUGAGAAAUUCAAUGCAUCUUACUCCAGUAUGCGGAGCUCAGAUGUAUUUGAAUUAGCUCGUCUCCAGGAAACUCACUUACGUGAACACAGUGGUAGUAGAAGUAAAUUGGAUUGUUCCAACACUUCACUUACCGAAUCGAGUUUUGGAGAUGAGAAACCUUGUAAACAUAAAAGUAGUGCCGCUGGUAGUAUUGGGCAAAAGUCAGGCAGCGGUUUAAGUUCUUGUGAAGUUAGCGCAACACAUAGUCAUGAAGAAAUUGUGAUCGAAGAGAUAAAUAAUAGGCCAGAACGUCAACAUACUAUUUUAGCGAAGGAGUAUUUCAAAGCACUAUCGAGUUCAGUAGAUUGCGAACCUGAAGUCAAUAUCACUACGGAUAUGCAUUCGAGUAUGAAUUUGGAUCAGACCGAUGUUGUUACUCCCUUCUCUAAACCGUUAAAUUCUACAUACGAUGCUCCAGACUUUAAGCGUGUCUAUGACUGGGAUUCAUCAAAAUCGCAAGUAGAUGAACUGAAAAAUCUGCGACCCGUUAUAGAUAAUAUAGAUAGUACUGUGAAUAUAGUAGAUGAUUGUACCACACAGCAAAGUAGCAUCGUGGCACACAUAUCUCAUCCAAAUAGUGAAAUGAUUAAACCUGAGGAAAAGGAAUACGAGCUUAAUACUCUUGAAUUAAACGGUUAUGCUACUGUGGUAGAAAACAAGUCAGACACUGCGUUAAUUAUGGAUCAUGACGAAUAUAAAAAACCCGAUGCAGAUUUAUCACAAACUGAGCCGAGUCUAGGAAACCCUAUACCCUCUCUGUCAGAUGUUAAAAAUCUACAAAGUCCUCCAGCAACUUGUGCAAUUACCGAACCAGUUAAAAACAACAAAAUAGCACCGUACAAACAAUCAAGUUUAAAACUUCCUUCAAAGACAUCGAUUCCUCUUUCUAAUAGAAGUGUUUCUCGUCUUCCAGUGCCAUCUCAAAAAAUGCCUUCCGUGAGCGUAACUAGUCGUCUUAGUUCUCGUAAAAAUAGUGCAAAUGAACCUGAACAAGGCUCUAAUUUUGAUCGUUCAACUAACAAAAUUCAACCUCCACACAAAAAUAAUCUGUCCUCUAAUAACAGCGUUCAUAGUAGUGGUAGUAGUAUUUCGUCUAACAAUAUCAAAGCAAAUCAGUCAUCUAAUUCUACAAAAUCCUUUCCCAAAUUAUCAACUGUACAGCGUAAUCAAGUAUCACUGCCUUCUAAAAUCAAUUUACCAUCUGGUAUUUCUGGAACCACUACCACCAUUCGAAAGCCGACAAUACCAUCGUUUGGUUUAUCUCGUGGGAAAUCGUCUGGCAGACCAUGAAUUCAAUCUCAGAAAAUAUGUUUUUAAUUUUUGAAAAGAGUAUCAUAUACUGCUUUCCAGGUAACCCGUGUGGCUUCAUGUACACCGAAUCCCGGUAACCCUAUCUACCAGCUAUAUAUAUAUAUAUAUAUAUAU